AUUCUAGUACCUAUUCAGUCUACAAAAUGUCGGUAAUCAAAUGGUUUCCAGUAUUGACAACCAUUAGUUAUUUGUCUGCCAGAGCAGAACUGUUAGUCGAUCUACCGGAUGGAAAAAUAGAAGGCUAUGCAAGAGUUACUCCAAACCUAUUCCAAUUCCAUGCUUUCCAAGGAAUUCCAUUCGCUAAACCACCUUUAGGAGAACUUAGGUUUCAGCCACCUCUUCCACACCCAGGUUGGAAGGGAGUCUUGGCAACAAAGAAAGAUGGAAACAGAUGUUUUUCACAGGACAACAAUCCCAAGGAGAAGGAAGAUUGCUUAUCAUUGAGUGUAUUCACCCCAGUGCGGAAAAUACAAAACGCCACGCUCGUCCCGGUGAUGGUCUACUUCCACGGCGGCGGCUUCAGGGGAGGCGGCAACUCCUACAACUCCUACGGGCCCGACUACCUCCUGGAGCACGGCGUCGUCAUCGUGUCCGCCAACUACCGCUGCGGCGCAUUUGGCUUCCUGUCCACCGGCGAUCACGUGGUGCCAGGGAACGUCGGCCUGAAGGACCAGGUGCUGGCCUUGCAGUGGGUGCGGAGGAAUAUCGAGUAUUUCGGAGGAGAUAAGGAGAAGGUGACGAUAUUUGGGCAAAGUGCAGGUGGAGCGUCUGUAGGAUUGCAUAUCGUCAGCAAGAUGUCAGCUGGAUUAUUCAGAGGAGUAAUAGCUGAAAGUGGUUCCGGUGUCAGCGUUUGGGCCUACGAAUCGGAUCCAUAUAGUUAUGGCUACAAACUUGCUGAAGCAAUAAACAGUACCGUAAAAUUCAAUAACAGUUUGGAACUUAUUGAAUUUUUGCGAACGAUUCCGGCAGAAGAAAUCGAUAAAUUUGCAACAAAUAUUUCCAAACCACUACCAGUCAUCGAAGUCGAGAAUCCAACUGCAUUUUUGACAGAACCAAUGUACGAGUCAUUGUUGAAUGGAAACUUCAAUAAAGUCACUUUGCUUAUUGGUGCUAAUUCCGAGGAAUAUAUCUCGAGUGCUGCAGAUCCGACAACACUAUACAAACGAGCUGAGGGAUACCAAAACGAUGUAUCAAAACUGGUUCCUGCUAGUAUGAAUUUGAAGAACAAGACAGCCAAAUUGUUGGUUGGUGGGGAAAUCAAAAACAUUUAUAUGGAUAUCAAUGACAGAAUGCAAGAUAAUUUGGGUCUAACUGUGGCUUUUCUAAGCGAGAGUCACUUCUUCAAUCCCUGUGUUAGACAUGCUCAACUCCAAUCCAAAUACACAGAUGUUUACUUCUACCAAUUUUCGUAUAAUGGGCCAUUAGGGAGAAAUUAUAACAUUACUUUACCAGGUGCUGAAAUGUGUAAUCACGGAGAGGAAUUAUUCUACAUAUUCAGAAGAACACUAAAUGGAUACGACAAUUCGAAUUUAAGCCAAUAUCCUGCAGAAGAUGUUCUGACAUUGAGACGAAUGACAAAACUCUGGACAAACUUUGCUAAAUAUUUGAAUCCCACACCAAUAGGAGAUCCAUUGUUACAAAAUAUAACCUGGCCCAAAAUGGAACCAGAUAAUAUCAACUUCGUUGACGUAAGAAGGGACUUGAAGAUCGAAACGGAAUUGAAAAAAGGGAGAUAUUUGAAGUGGAGAGAACUAUUUGAUACGUAUGCUAUACCUCCUCUAGUAACAUUCUAGAGGAAUUCAUAAGUAUUGAUGCACUAUGUCUAUUUUGUUGAAAUAAUAUAACUUAUGAUUU